CCAAGACGUAUAAAUCCAGGAUCGAUCUCAGGCAUCGCGUCGUCCCCUGUAGCUCGCUUGUCAAAACGCAUUUAUAAAAUGUAGUAUAGUAAUUAUGACGGUUAAAAAUGUUUUACUGAACUCCAGUUGAACCUAGACGGUGACCGGAGGAUGAGUUUCGAGGCAAAGCGAUGCGGAGUCCAGUUCAGUCCUCCGUCUCUGGUUUUAAUCUACGAACACAAGGACACGAAACGCGUCCGAAAGAGAAUCAUACCCGUGCGGAACUUCUCCAAAUAUUCUGACUACAGCAUGGCAGCGGAGAGGCUGAAGAACCACCCUCGGCACAGGGACUACCUGGAGGGCGUGCCCCAGAGCCAGCUGGAGAAGCUUCACCUCAUCCUCCGAGACCACAUGGAGGGCCUCAGUCUGGAGCGCAGCCUGGCCUCCUUCCGCCUGGACCCCGACGAGGACCUGAACAAACUGGACGACGACGGGCUGGCCCGCAAGAAGGGCCAAAUGGACGAACUGUUCGAGAGGAACCGGCGGCGCAAAGACGACCCCGACUUUGUCUACGACGUGGAGCAGGAUUUCGACAAGACCGCGCAAGGGAAGUGCAGCUGGGACGAAGAGUCCGACGAUGGAUUUUAAAACUCAAAGAUCUGACUCCGCUCAAGCGUCCAUCUAAAGUGAUGCUGAUGUCGGGCGGUUCUUUUCAGGGUUGACUCCGUGAACUUGUGAACUUUUGUCAGCUAAUUAAAGCGAUAAUAUUCUGCCCACCUCAUUCACAAUCGAUAAGAGUGGCUUGGAUAUUAUAAACACCGAUACGAUUCAACAUCUGUGGACUAAAGCGCACACAAUCCCUUUUUUAAAUUGAACUGAAACGGUUUCAACAAAGUGAACCUCCACGAAGGUUAAAUUUGCUGCUUGACGGACGUAAGAAGAGUUAAAUCGUCUUAAUUAAAACAUAAUAAAAUGGCACGAAGAGUUUUGGAUAUGAGGGAAAGUGCAUUCUGGUACUACAGAAAGAGAUUAAAGUUCCUAAAUAACUGCAGCAAUAAACACGAGGUCCCAUUUGGGCUUUAAGGACAUCUUAAAAAACCACACCAAACAGUUCAUUUAAAAAAAAACGUCUGAUUGAAAUAACGCAUGAAUAAUAGUGAAUAUUUAUUUGUUAUAAAAUACUGAAUUUUACAAAAUACAAAGACUUUGGCUCGAUUAUUUUGUGGCUUUACACUGAACGUAUUAUUCACAGUUGAAUAGGAAAAGAUAGUAAAAUCCUAUUAAAUAAAAUUUGAGUGUACACCAAUAAGCAAUACAACAUAUAUAUCUUUUGGAGAAAAAUUGGCCACAAAAUAUUGUUUGAUAUCAUACAAAGAUAAAUGUGUGUAUUAUAUAUUCCGUAUGGUUUGAAGUGAUGCGCUGUGGCAGAGCUUUAAAGGAGCUAAACUACAUCAUAAAACCUCUUCAGGGGGACAUUUUAUUCAAAGUGCUUAAAUACCUCAUUCAGUUGACGAGAGACACCGACUGACUGACCAUUAGUACCAAAAUACAUUCAAACAUGUCACAGGUUCCUUGAAAAUUAAUAAAGAAUACACGUUCA